GCUGCCUUCACUUCCGAGACUCAGGGUUCCCCAUUUUUGUGAGAGUUUGGACACCCACCUGAGGCUAGGAGGGCACAUACAUGGAUGUAGGUGAUGGAAGCAUGGCAUUAACACACUCAGCUAGUUUCAAUGGAGCCACAGUAGAAGAAUAUGGAUAUGCAGAAGAAGACUUUAUCCUGCCUGGAAUCACAUGGCAGAGGAGGAGAAAAUGUGCAGAAGAGAAAAGUUUUAUUUCUGAUUUUGAUAGAGCACUGCAGUCCAAAUGGAUAGAGAAGAUGGAGCAGGGUCUCUUUCGCUAUCCACUGUGGAGCUUACAAACCAAGAUCUUACCCGGCACUGUGAAGUAUGUGGCACAGCUUAAUGUCAAGAGGGGCAUAGAGAGGAGAAAGCCUCAGGACAUCAAGACUAUUCAAGAGAAAUUCAACCCAAGCCAAUUCAAUUUCAAUAAGAUCAAGCAUAAGGAGAUUCUGUUUAAGAUGGUCAGGUUGCCACCGGAGGAGGUGCCUAGUGGAGCACUUACGGAUAGAAACCCUAAUCAUGUGUUUGCCCUGUCCAGCAGUAGUCAUAACCACACCUUGGUGGUCAUUAACGUUAGCCCUCUUGAAUUUGGACAUGUUUUAUUUAUACCAGACCCAUUCCUUUGUUUGACUCAGAUUUUGACCCCAGAUCUAACGUUGCUUGGUUUGGAAUCCAUACUUCUCAGUGGUCACCCGGGGUUUAGAGUUGGUUUUAACAGCCUUGGUGGGUUUGCGUCUGUAAACCACUUACAUUUACAUGGAUUUUAUUUGGACGAAGAGCUGCAGAUCGAGUCAGUGGAGAGCAAACCUUUGUGCCCCGAUAUUAACUUCCACCAGCUAACUCAUUUCCCAGCUCCAGGCUUUAUUUUUCACACCGACGGGAAAGACUUGAUGUCCGUCUCCCAGAAUAUUUGCAGAGUUACAGAUUAUUUUGUAUCUCAAAAUAUUGCGCACAAUGUGUUCAUGACGAGAGGUUGUAAUCCAGAGAGCAGGGGUUGCUUGGAGUCAAGGGAAGGUAUCAGAGUGGUCAUAUGGGCGAGACAAUCCUGUUUUGGUGCCAAGGAGGAGUCCGCAUUCAAUGUGGCCCUCUGUGAACUUGCAGGUCACUUGCCCGUCAAAAACGAGGAUGAUUUCAAUUCUCUAACUGAGGAAUCUGUUAUCAGUAUUGUAAAGAGUUAUCUUUUCUCAGAUGAUGAAUUCAAUACAUUGUCACUGGAGUUAGUACAACAUUUAAAUGGUCAAUAACUUUUACUACACAUGUCAAUCCAAGACUAUGGAUAGGAGUGAGCUGAGGAGACACACAUAGGCAAGCUUAUAGCUUAGCACAAGUGCGUCAUUCACAGAAUUACAGGUCACUACUUCUCUGUAAUGUCAGUGUGAUGACAGAGGAGUGACUGUGAGACAGUUAGGAAGGAGAGUCUCCUCUACUUUCUGUGUUUGCAGUGGGUGGCAGCUAGUCUCUACCCACAGUUUUAGAAAACUGCUAAAAAUGCCAGUUACAAGUGAUAUAAUGACCACAAGUCUUGUUAUUCAUCAUGUACACACUGUACUACCGAUUAAUGCUGAGUUUGUUGAAAGCUCUGUGAUGCUUUAAUAAACUGACCACCGAUAAUAAAGUGACACCAAGCCACCUCUGUAAUGUUCAUUUUAUCUGUACAUUGCCUUACAUGUGUAUAACCAAAGCAUGAAUAUCACCAUCUUUCA